UUAGCGGGUGCAAUAUAGAAUCUGUCUACUUUGUCCGUCUGUCUGUCAUGUGAUGUAAACAGGAGCAGUCGACAGAAAGCACUUGCUGUGUCUUGUGUUGUAAAAUGGAGUAAUUUGUCUGCAGCAGGCAUUAUUAAUGAUGGAUGAUUGGAGACCUUGUCAAUCAUUAUCCUGAUUUGUUAUACAGCCAUUGUCUACAAAGUUUCUAGAAGCACUAAAUUUUAAGACAACAUUUUAAUUAUCAGAUGUUGCUCUAAUGGUGGAUAUCAAAAUUGGUUAUAAAAUCCAGAAACAGCUUUCUAUGAAAAUGGAAUUCAGAUGCUAAGCAUACAAUACAGUAUUAAUUUGUCAAAAUGGGUUCUAUUGCACUGGAUGAAUAUGAACUUCUUGGAGAUGCUCGAUAUCGUUCAUAUAUAUCAGCCGUUGAUAAAGCGUUAAAAAGUUUUGAGUAUACAAGUGAAUGGGCAGAUCUCAUAUGUGCUCUAGCAAAGCUUAAUAAGGUUCUUUUGAGCAAUGUGAAGUAUUCUAUAAUUCCAAGACGAAUAACUGUAAGCAAAAGACUUGCCCAGUGCAUGCAUCCAGCUCUUCCAAGUGGUGUUCACUUGAAGGCUUUGGAGACGUAUGAUAUUAUAUUUAAAUGUAUUGGACCUGUACGUUUAAGCCAAGAAUUAUUCAUCUACAGUGCAGGCCUUUUUCCACUAUUUGCAAAUGCUGCAAUGAAUGUUAAACCAUCACUUUUAAGUAUUUAUGAAACACAUUUUGUGCCUCUUGGUGAAAAGUUAAGGCCUGGUUUAAAUGGAUUUCUUAUAGGUGUAUUGCCUGGUUUGGAGGAAGGCUCAGAAUACUAUGAAAGGACUGAUGAGCUUUUACAAGCUGUGUGCAGAAAUGUAGAAAAGAGUUUCUUUUAUGGUUGCAUGUGGAAAUGCAUACUUUCUAAUCCUUCUAUAAGGCUGCCAGCUAUAACAUUUAUUAUUAGCCAUUAUAACAGAAAAUUAUCUAUGGAAGAUCAACUUUUCAUCAUUGGAACUGAUAUUGAUACAAUGGUUCAAGGAUUAUGUGCAUCAUUGCAAGACAGUAGUGUUUUAGUGCAGCGAUGUGCCUUAGAUUUGUUAUUAUUAGGAUUUCAAAUACACUACAAUCAGCUUGUUGCUUCUGACAUGAUACAGGUUGUGACCUCUGCUUUAACUGUAGUUUUGAGGCGAGAUAUGUCUCUUAACAGACGUUUGUUUUCUUGGUUAAUGGGAGGAGAAUCUCAUGUCAGUGAGGAUAUGAGUAAAUCAGGGCAAGAAAAGACGCUAGAAAAAUUUGAUGGAGAUUCUUAUUUCAAACAUUUUUCUAAAGACUAUCUCUUGAAAGCUCUUCAAGUUUGUUUUGAUAACCCACAAACAGUUAUUUCAUCUACCAGUGUACCUUCAAAUGCAGAACUUUGGUGUUACAGAUUAUUAAUUAGUUUACUUGAUCGUCCAGAAAUCAGCUCAGUUAUAUUAGAUGAUGUAUUGAUUGACAUUUUUAGAUCACUAUAUUUAGCCUGCAAUACUUCACAUGUUAACAGUGAGAAAAGUGGAAGAAAAAGCCAAAAAUCAACUAAAGAUCGUGGAGAAUUAAAAAAAGCUGCAAACCUUCUAUUUGCUACUCUUGAGCCUUCAUAUUUAUGGGAAUAUGCUGCAAAACAUUUUGAAACGUCUUGUAAAAUGUCAAACUUAAGUUCUGAUUUAAAUGAAGAUUUAGAGUGGGUUCAAAGAGUAGGGUCUGGAAAUCCUAAUUUGAAAGAGUUGUGUUCUUUAGUGAGCUUUUUGUUGGAUGUUGUUUCCUUAGAAACCUAUUUAGAGGCAAGAACUGAGCAUUUACCUCGACUGUUGUGCCAUAUUUUUGAUGUGAUCUGUCAUAAUUGUAGCAUUAUACCAGUGAAUGACAUAUCAAUUGCACUGAAAUUAUGUUCUAAACUUUUAUGUAAAAUGCAGCCUCCACUAAUCAAUCUUGAAUCUGAUGAAAUUAUAGUAAAUGAUCAUAUUUCUGAGAAUAUAGAGUCAUGUUAUCACGGAGAAGAUGUGUAUAAUACUAGCAAUACUUUCAGUACAGAAGAGAUAAAAAAAAAUAUUUUUGAAAUUUUUGACAAAUAUAGCCACAUCUCUAAGGAGGGGUCUGAAAGUAGUCAAGAUAAUGAUGCUGUCCAAGGCAGUGUACGUAGUAUCAUUACUUUAUGUGUGGAAAAAUAUCAAUUACUUUUCAUUACAUUUUUGAAAGAGAAAAUGAUUUUAAAUAUAUCCAAAUUCACCAGUCGUUACCAGUCUUUAUUACUUCCUAAGCAAGAGGGUAAAGAACAAAGGGAAAAACAUUUAAACCGCUUACUUCAUGCUAGUCUGAAAAUCAGAUGUGACGGUCUUACUUCUGAUGAAAUAGCUGCAGUCAAACAAGAUAUUUUAGAGAGAUCAUCAAAACCAGUUGAGUUUACUGGAGAUGCAUUGGAAGACAUUUCUUCAGAUGUUGCAGUAUGUAAUUGUUUUGAGCGAUUGUGCAAUCUCUUUAUUGAGUUAUUAACUUUUCCUACAUUUUACACCAACUCGAAAAACUUAUAUGACAAGCAUUUAAAUGCACCUAGAUCAUCUGUUAUACCAGAAUGGUUGAGUCUUAUAAUUACAUUAGUAUGCUUUGUUACAAAUGAAGAACUUUUCUUUGGUUCAACUUCACUACUUUUUGAUCUUAUCACUCUGACAAAAUCAGUUUUACACAAUAAUGAAAUUUAUGAAGUAGCUUCUGUAUCUCCUUCAUCGUCUGGAAUGGGAUCACAAUCAAAUUCUCCUACCGUUGUCCUAGUAGCUUUAACACCUGCAGUAAGCUCAUCGCAAUUAGACUUUCUAUCUAAUGAAACACUUCUUUUUAAAGUUGCUGCAGAAAAAUUGUGGGAUUAUGUUGGUGAUGAAAGACCUAAUUUUUGCUUACGCGGAACUGAGCUUUUGCAACAAGUCCAUAACUUAUCACCAGCAAGUUCAGUGUGUGAAUCUGUUAUAUGUUCCUCAAUGGCAUCUGGAGAUGAAAUGCAACAAGUUGAAGCACAGAAGAAGUUUAGUAUUCUUUGGCAUCUUACUCGUGACCUAAAUUUGAAAUCAACACCUUCUACAAUGACUAGGGUUUUUGAUUGGUGUUUAUUUUUGAUGCUGGAUAACCUUGGCAAAGAAACUGGCCCCCAGAAAGCUCUAUCUCAGGCUUGGCUCAAUCACUCCUUACAACGUGGUGAUGUUGCUAGGUUUUUAGAACCAAUAUUGCUAAUCCUACUUCAUCCUGAUUCUGCAAGAGUUUCUGUUCAGCAUGUUAGUGUUCAUUGCCCCAGGAAAGUCAUCUUAUCUGAUGAUAGAGAUAAUCAACAUCAUGAAGAUGUGGAAGCUAAAGUAUAUGCCAUUAGUAGUAUUUCCGGGCAUGUUAUUUAUCAUAUAAGUGAUGAUAGUCAUCCAUCAUCUCAGCAGCCUAGUCCUGAAAGAAAAAUCUUAGCUCUGACUUCUGUGAUAAAUGAUGAUUCUAAUAAAGGAUCCACAGUUGUGACUCAUAACUCAAUGUUGCAAGAUUUUGAAUUGCCUUCUAUUCAUGAGCGAGAUUUAAAAUUACCUAUAUCUGUCUUUGUCAAUCCAUUUGGCUCAUUAUCAUCCCUUGGAAGCGAUUCUCACUUAGAUUAUACGGCAUUUACACCUGAUUUAUCUCAAGCUAAACGCAUAGGAAAUGUGAGGAAAAGUUCAUUUGAUGAAGAUACAGGUGAAGAAAUUAGUAGUUCUGAAAUGAGCAUUGAAAGCAUAGUAACAACUGUUUUAGACGACAUUAUUUCACAGAUAACAAAUAAUGAAGCUAAUGAGAAAGAAUUUCUUUCUUCUGGUGAUUACAGCUUUAAUGAUGAAUGCAGUGAUUUUAUUUCAAAUAUUAAUGAUUUGAAUAAGUCACACAAAAAAGUCACUGAACAGCCACAGAUGACCGGUCAUCCUUUGCACACAUAUAUUCUUUUAUACUGUCAGGUAUACGAUUCUCAGAAAACUUUGUAUGCACUCUAUUCCUUGAAAGCAAUAAUUUUAACUAAUCCUAGAAUUGCAUUAUGUAGUAUGGCUACUACAAAUGUAAGUAACUCCUUGAGUUUAAGAGGUCAACAACUUCAGGUAUUACUAGCACGUCAUCGAAAAUCAGUUUUUGGCAAUAAUUUUCAUGGAGAAUUGACAGCUGAAGCUACUACUAUGUUUAGAAGUAACACUUAUGUUGAAGUAAUUGUUGCUGCAUGUUUGUAUCACAUUAGGAGUCAUUAUCCAAAUUUGCCUCAAGUUCGAUUGACUGAAGAAGAAGUGCUAGGAAACAGAAAUGUUCGUCUUUUAUGCAUGGAAGUUUUGACUCUUGUAUUUUCAGAAUUAGUAGGGAUUGUUAAAGAUAGUGGUAAAUUUUUUGCCUCCUAUUUGAGUGAUUUAUUAAGCAGAAGUAAAGUGCAAAAAAUUCUAUUGCAUUGCCUUGCAGCAAGUGUGUAUGAUUCUCAACCAAGAGAUUCAACAGAAGAGGAGCAAAAUAUUACAUUUACAGAAACUAUAGUUGAGUUCAAUGAGAGACCUAUGCGACUUGGAAAGUCCAACAGUUAUCAGGCUAAUGAUUUCCAAGACACAUAUCAGGUUCAUUUAUUGAGAUUGAUGGCAACAUUGAUAGUUCUUGAAGAUACUGUUUUAUCCCAAAAUGGGUCUGAAAAAGACAUAAAUGCCGUAGGAUCAAAAACUGUUGAUUCUGUUUUAGAGAAAAAAGUUAAUCCAAGAGCUCAAGCUUCUUCAUCAAAAUAUAAGCCUGGAGUUCCAGUUCCUUGCCAGUCCAUGUUCCUUAGUGCUGUGCUCACAGCGUUACGCCAAGAACAUCAUGCUCAUCUUCACAUACACUGGUUAUCACUCAUUACAUCAGCAUUGCCAUUUGUGGGUCGCUGGUUACCACGUUUAAUUAUGACAGUUGUGCAUCAGCUGUGUGUCAAUUUAGAUUUGAUUAGCUCAAAGUUUUGGGAAUCGCAAGGAAAUGAGAACAUUGCUAAAACAGUCACCAGUUCUGUGAAUUGCACAUCUAUGCCUCCUGAUUAUUUAAUCACAAUUAUUGAAGGCCUAACAACUUUAUGCCAUUACUGUUUACUUGAGUGUCCUGCUCCAAUAUUAUCUCCUCUCAAUCAGUCACCAUUACCACCAGUUCCAUCUCAACCAUAUGCACCUGGAACUAGUGCAUCACAAAUCAUUUCAAACCUCAUUCAUGUUUUCUCUACAUCUUCUAACCAAAAG